AUGAUGCGGAGCGUAGAUGAUCGUGAUUUACUACAGAUUACACUUGCGUCCCAAAUUUCUGAUGCUUAUAAAGAACAUAUUGAUCGAUUUAUAGCUGACUUUGAUAAUUUAUCGUUUACAAAUAACUUCAGUGUCGAAAAGGUGAAUGAAAUAAUUAAUAGAGCAAUAGCCGACGAAAGUAUUAGUCAGAUUUCAGUACCAUAUGUUCAAUGUAAUGUUUGUCAUCAAUCAUGUGCCAGUAAACAUUUACAUGAACGUGAAAACUAUGAACCGUAUGGACGAUUAUUCAGCGAAUCAUCGAUUGAAUCACUAUCACUUGAACAAGUCACUGGUUCAGAUGUAUGGAACUUGAAAGCUGUGGAUAAAACAUCCGUCUAUUUGCCAAUGUGGAAUGCUUGUAAAAAAUGGAAUGAUUUAUCUCAUUCAAUUCAACAGUUAAAAGAACCAAUCCAGAUUAUUCAAGAAUCUAAACGAUAUUGGACAUUGUUUAUUGAUAAAUAUGAAAAAGAUAAAGUGGAACUGACGAAAUUAUCACAACAAUUAGCAGGGACAACUCCCGUCACUUAUUUACAGGAUAUGGAUGAAAUACUACAAUUAAAAUCAAUUUUCGAUAAAUAUGAUUAA